CUAAAUAAGCGCCAGCUCAUUGAAUAAGCCAAGAUCGAAAUCAGACUUUACUUAGCCUUUUUUACUUUCCUUGCGAAACUUGGUUUUUCGCGUAUUGUAUUGGCGGACAACGCCUAAGCUUUUGGCUUGAGGAUACGGUUAAACGUGAGGAGGCAGGCUGGCGCAGGUCGUAGGGUGCCCUUGGAUCAUGAGAGACAGUGGCAGCAGCCUGGCUCAAACACACUGGUCCAAUGAGUUGACACUGACCGCAGGGCAGGAGGGUGGUAGAGGUAGGGGUGCCAUUGGAGGCAGCCAUCUAAUGAAGCCGGCCAUGACACAGCAUGCCCCCAGCCCCGCCCACUUCAAACUGGGCCACAGAGCGGAAGAUGUCAACAUGUGGGGGGCAGACUAUGCUAUUCCUGAGGAGGAGGAGGAGGAGGAAGAUGAAAAUGUGGAUAUGGAGAGUGAAGAAGAUCUGGUGGAAAAGAAAGAUGAGGGUGGUUUCCAGUGGAAUUAUAAAGGUGAUGAGGACUGGGGAUCACCAGAACACUCACAGCCAGUGGAGAUGGAUGUAAACAUUACAGGUGACUUUACCUACUGCUUAGCCCAGACUAGCUCCAGUCCACAUGAAGAGAGGCGGCUAGCUCGGUUGCGAUAUCGGGGCAAGAGGUAUGUGAACAUUCGCUACCGUCUGGCCCAACAGUGGAGAACUUGGCGCCAGCGAGCCAAAUGGGCAGGAACUAUGGGAUAUAGGAGGUUAUGGAGAUGUCACAGACGCCGCCACUCUGACAAUCGGCCUUACCAGAGACAGCCUGGCAAUACAUUGUUUAAUGGAGAUCGAGUAGGAUGUUUGUCUGACUCCUGUAGCACAAAUGGGGUUCCAAAAGGAAAGGAUGCAGUCUAUGGAGCAAACGUGGUGGACAGGGAGGGACGGACCUCCCCUUUCAAUGUCCAAUCUCAACGGGACAAAUCAUCCCUACAGAAUCAGCUUGGCAGUGAACACAUCUCUUGUGUACAAGGUAUUCUGGAUAAGUUUCUCCAGCAGUAUGGCAGUUUGAUUCCCAUCCAUGUUGAUGAAGUGGUGGAGAAGCUUCAGGAUGUCUUCAAUGAGAGCUUCUCAAGUCCUCACAGGAAAGUAAUGGUGCAACAUUUAAUGCAGUCUUUUCAGCGCAUGUCUGGAAGUGCAGUAAUGCGAGGCUUCCGUGUAAAUUACAAACGUCAUGUUCUCACCAUGGAUGAUCUGAGCACGCUGUAUGGCCAGAACUGGCUAAAUGAUCAGGUCAUGAACAUGUAUGGGGAUUUGGUCAUGGACGCUGCCCCUGAAAAGGUCCACUUUUUCAACAGCUUCUUUUAUGACAAACUUCGGACGAAAGGUUACGACGGUGUCAAGCGGUGGACAAAAAAUGUUGAUAUUUUCCAGAAGAAGUUCUUAUUGAUCCCUAUUCACCUGGAGGUGCACUGGUCAUUAGUUUGUGUAAAUGUUCUUCAGCGUAGCAUCACAUACUUUGAUUCCCAGAGGACCCUCAACCGCCGUUGUCCCAAACACAUUGCCAAAUACCUGCACGCGGAAGCAAUCAAGAGAGAACAGAAAGAAUUUUACACAGGGUGGAAAGGCCUUUUCAAAAUGGUAGGGAGCAAGAAUGUGGCAAGGCAGAAUAAUGACAGUGAUUGUGGAGCAUUUGUCCUUCAGUACUGUAAGUGCCUGGCCCUGGAGCAGCCUUUCAGCUUUGGUCAGCAGGAUAUGCCGAAGCUACGGAGACAAAUGUACAAAGAACUGUGUCACUGUAAACUGUCUCUAUGAGACUGUGCAAAAACUGUGACCUCAUACACUUCUACUUUAGCCAGUCCAGACAGCAUUUAGAUGGGAGACGUGCAAGCGUUUUUUAACCCUCUUUUUUUCAAUGACUUUGUAUUUUGACAUGGUGAAUGCCAUACACUGUUCAGCCCGGUUGUUCAUUUGUUCAAAACCAAACACAAAAGGAGUUGUUUUUUUUAGAAAUGGGAGGGGGAAAGAAACUCUGUGAACCGUUUAUUUGGUGUUGCCAUUUUGUUGGCAAGUAUAUUUUUAUUCUUCAUGUUCUUGAUGUCAGUUACGUGUAUGCUAAAAGGUAAUACCAUUGAGUGGGGGAGGAGACUUGCAGACAUUUUAAAAAUGUAAUGCGAUAUUCAUGUACUGAGAGUCAAAAUGGACCACAACACUAUAAGAGGAUUUUUGUUUGUUCAAUAUUGUUUGUCGGUUGUUAGGUAUCUGUCCAAUUUAUGAUGCAAAACUAUGGGAGGGGGCAGCUGUAAAUUAAACUUUUAUAUCUUUUGAGAUGCAUACAUUAUUGUAAGAUGUGCUAAUAAAAA